AUGCCUCGCAACAAUAACAAUAGCAGCAACAACAGGACCGACCAGGACUCGUCCAUGCCGCACUCAGUAACAAUCCCAAAGAAACGACCCUGCAUCCCUCCACCCCCCUCCAUCGAAAAUUCCUCUUCGCUCCUCCCAACCAACAGAGAAGGCCUGUUUGCCCGUCUCGACAGUGCCAUCGAAUCCGCUGCUGAGGAAGACGCUGGUCGUAUUCCCAAAGAUCUCAUGGUCGGUCCGAACCUCAAGGUCGAGUCUGCCGGCAAGAAGCGCCGUGUUGUCCCUGCCCCAAUUCCUGCCUCGUCCUCUUCACAUCUCACUCCAACGACAACAGAAAUACCAGGAUCAACAGGAGACACAACGCCUUUACCAGUUCUUUCGUCACCAUCAUCGUCGUCAUUGUCAAUCGACUCUUCGAACAGCUCGCACAUAUUGGACAAAACGCCCAUCAAGAGAUCAAUGCGCAUCAUAUCGCCUACCGGGGGUUCCCACGGUAGCCCGGAGGUCGUACCGUCAAGUGUCCAGUCCGACCUAUUCUCAAAUCUACUCCCGGAUCAAGAGUUUUCGACAUAUCCAAGAGCACGAUCCAAACGUCACCAGGCAGCCUCCUCAACACUCCCACCUCAAGUACCACUCAUGGAACUUUCAGUCGUAUCAAAUAACGAGAUUCUGGAAUCUGCAUCUGCUGGAAGUCCUUCGUUAUCGCCGCCUCCCGAAUCUGACGGCCGGAUAGAACAAGAGGCAGAUGUUGCUCUUGUUUUGGAACCAACUCCGGAAGCAUCGGUACCACAACCCUUGACCUCCAUCUUGGAUGACGCGGGAUCGGCGGGAACGACUACCGCCCCAACACCUUCGUCAGCUGCGACUGCCAUUACUAUUGACGACGACGAACCGCCACCGCAACCUGUCUCGCGUCCAGAAAAGCAUCCCACAUCCUUGGACGAAUCUACAGGAUCACACCGACCAACAAAGAAGAGAGACGAUGGAAGCAACAAAGAUCUGGACAGGACUCUGCCAAAAUCAACCAGGCUGGAGCACCAUCACGAGAGCCCACCUCACAACAGCGGCCGUAGCAGCAGCAGUCCUCCGCCAGCACCGUCUUCUCCAACUAAAACAGGUGGAAGGACCAAGAAGGAUAAAGCGGUGGUAACGACUGUGGCUAGUCGAGUCGGCUCUAGACGGAAACAACAUGUGGCAGAGGGCUUAUUAACCGCGACACCACUGGUACCGAUGGCCAGCAGUUCUUCAGCAACGGUCUCCAGGAGUGUUAGCAAACCUACGAUGACAACACCCCUGUCAAGGUCGGGAACUAUUAUUGAAAUCGGCGAUGACAGCGACGACGAUGGUAGUGAACGUCCGGCGAUCAUCGUUGGCCCUGCUUCAACAACGCACAUGAGACCACCGACUAACAAACCGCCAGCUGCAGGACUCUCAACAACGACGUCGGCAGAGUUGAAAUCUACGCCUGCUAGCGGUUCGACAUCGGCCACUUCACCAACAUCCGCGCCGCCCCCAGAAAAAGACGCAGGUCCUCCCGUGAGACUCUACGUGAUCCCAACCCUCAUGGACAAGCUGGUGUUCUCUCUCUCUCGGGAUCGAGUUCUGGAUCUCAAAUGGGAAUGGCUUGGCCCGUUGGAAAAGAUCCUGUCGACGGAUCCGCGCGGGAAUCAGGACGCUCCGGCAUUGGAUCAGGAGAGGACCACGCAUAUCGUCACCGCGUUAUCAGAUGUGGAGAAGGUCAAAAAGUUUUUGCGCGUUGAAACUAUUGAUCCCAAAAUAGAGAUAGUCAAUAACCUAUGGCUCGUGGACACUAUCUUGUACAAGAGGCCGAUGGAACCGGCAAGUUACAGGAUAGCUCGCUCAAAGACGCAGCAAAUCAUCCCGAUCAAUGUCCCAGUUGCCAACUCUCCACCUCUUUCAAAAAUGGGUGCUCUGCCGGCAGAGCCUAACACAGAGAAGCAGCCUCGGUACGCCAAGUUUGAGAGUAUCGAUGGAAACGAGAACGGCGAGCAAUUGGACUUUAACGAUAUCGUCUUGGGCAUCAAGGAAGGCUCGCUUGAGGGAGGAGAAGUCUCUGAUGACGAAAACGACCAGGAGGAGGACAAGGAGAGUGAAGAUGACUACAAUAAGGCGGGAGUAAGCGAUGCCAAAGAGAAAGAGGCGGAAUCCAGUACUAGCGCCACUAAAUUACCGCCGGAGCUUUUGGAGAAACUGAAAAAGGAGAACAAGUGCUUUGAGUGCCAGGAACAAGGUCAUUGGGCCAAUAAGUGCCCAAAGGCUGCAAAUAGAAGCACAAAGGAUGACAUUCUGCUGCAAAUCAUCAGCUCUGGAAAGUCGGAGGGGAAACGCCGCUCCAAGAUUUUGUAUCGAUGUCAGGAGCCUCAUACUGCUGGCCAAAAGGAUGAGCCGAAGUACAACAAGGAUAUUCUGGAACAGCUCAAAGUUUUAAUGGACUAUUAUGAGACAAACAAGGUCAAAGGCUCAAAUGAACACUUCAAGGUCAUCAAUUACCGCAAGGCGAUCACGGCUAUUCGAGCACUCGACUAUGAGAUCAAGUCUGAGGAGAUGGCGCUCAAGAUUCCCCGCGUAGGAAAGAAGCUAGCCCAGAAGAUUGGCGAAUGCAUCUCCUUUGGCAGGAUCAAGAAGUUGGAUCAUCUGAACUGGGACCAGGAAAAGUCAAAGACCGAGACGCUGUUCAGGAGUGUGUAUGGUGUUGGUUCGGAGAUGGCGACUGCAUGGUAUAACGAUGGAUUACGGACGCUGGAUGAGUUGAGAGCGCUGCCUAAUCUGACCAAGAACCAGAUUUCCGGGCUGAAGUUCUACGAGGAUCUGUUGGUACGGAUUCCCCGCUCAGAGGUGGAGCAGAUCGGUAAGGUUGUUGAGGCAGCGGCUCACAAGCUGCAUCCAGAAAUCCAAUCGCAGGUCACAGGAUCAUACCGACGCGGCAAGCUAGACUGUGGCGACAUCGACAUCGUAGUGGCCAGACCCAACAUCGACAAUGGCGACGAACUCUUUAUGAUCAUGGACCACAUCCUCAAGGACCUGAUCAACCAAGGGUUCCUGGUCGACCAUCUCUCCCUGCCAACAUGGGAAGACAGCUACGUGGCACGACCCAAGCAUUUCAAGUACAUGGGUAUCUGCAAGCUGCCGGGCGAGAACCAGAUCAAUCGACACAUCGACAUCCUGGUUGUUCCGUGGAUGCACCUGGGAGCGGUGUUGCUCUACUUUACAGGAAAUGACAUUUGUAACAGGAGUAUGCGUCUUUUGGCGUCGAACCGGGGGAUGAGGCUGAGCGACAAAGGUCUGUUUGACAAUGUGGUGCGAGGAAAGAACAGGAAGAAGGUGAACGAGGGCCGAUGGGUUGCAGGCAGGACGGAGCGUGAGAUUUUUGACUACUUGAAGAUCAAGUACCUGGAGCCGUAUGAACGCGAGUGCUGA